AUGUCUUUCCUAGGACUCCGUCCCCAUUCGCGCAGUAGUCAUACGACGAAGCCCUUCACCUCGCAUACUCAACGAUCCGACGCGACUCUUAGUUCACAACCCCCUCCUCGCUCCGGCAGGGGUAUGGCAGGAGUAAUGGAUAUCGAGCGAACCCGGACGAGACGAGACCGGACCUUCAUUGGGAGCGAAUGCUGUGUCUGUGAGGAGAAUCUGGAGUACACAUUGCGGGGCGAACGGAUACUGCAACUCUCAUGUGGUCAUGUUUCCCACGAAGCGUGCUUCUAUGAGUACAUUCGCGAGUUCGAGUCGCAGCAUUGCCCCACGUGCGAUGCCACACUGGGCCUGGACACAAGCAGAGGUGGAAACGUUCUCGAUCUUGAGAAACUGUCGACCAUUGUGCGGUCAGUCCAAAAUGAGCCGUCGCCAUCGCAAGCAGCUGAGAGUCACCGGAGCGCGGCCAACACGCCAACACCAUGGGAUAACCAAACCGUGGCGUCAGAGCGACAGCACGACGACCACAUGACCACUGGUCGUUCUCGCAAUGGAAGCAACGCGUCGUCGGCGCGCUAUCCACCCACCACCCACACACGCCAACGAGACAGCAGCCACAGCCGUGAUCGUGGCUCCGAUAGGGGCGCGUCGCUAUCCAGGGCGCAUGGACGUAGUGAUUCUGGAGCGACGGGACUCGCUUCUUCCAACGACUAUGCCCCAACCCACGACGGUCGGCGGCACGACUAUGACGUGCAGUCCAUGGAGACCAGUCUCAGCAGCCCACGUGGCCUACUCAAGAGCCCAAUUCCUGCGCCAAUAGUAACUGUCCGAAGUGAGUUUCCAACUCUAAGCAGAUCGCGGCAGCAACAAAGCCUGACGUGUCUGAUCACCGUCGAGGUGGUCGAGGGGAAAUGGCGUCCGAACCUGGAUGACAUGCCUCGUGCAUCGCCGCUACCUCCACUUGCAAGCGUUGCAGAGAGCGAUUACGAGCGCAGCAAAUCGCCCGCCACGAGCAGGCCUACUGAACCUCAAUAUGAGCCGACUGAGGUGCUGGAUGAGAUAACUGAAGACCUCCAUGCCCGUGUCGACAAUUGGCACGGUCUUGACUUUUCGCGCUUCGGGAAGCUGCGACUACACGGUCACAUUCGCGUCGGCAAGGACCGACAGUCAUGGCAAGAGCUCGAGUGCUACCUCUUCUCCGAGAUGUUGAUCUGCGUAAAAGAGAAGAAGAUCGCGCCGCAACCACAAUGGGAUGGUGCAGCCCCGAUCAAGAAGACAAAGUGCACCCUCAAGGGUUCUAUCCUCAUCAAGAAGCAUCUCAACCAGGUCGAGCACUCAUCGGACAACUUCAUCCUAACCCUUAGCCUCUCUGUGGCGGAGCUGCCCGCUUUCCAUCUGCAAUUCCAGGAUCGUAGCCAAUUGGAGUUGUGGCGGCGCGCACUUAUGGACAUCCGCUUGGAUUUCCCCACAAGCAACCGCAUGGCAGAGUACGACCAGGACAAUUCUGGAGCUGAGGAGGACGACUACCGUAGGCCUAAGCGGGUCUCAUCAAUCAACUCUUCCUAUGGCGCCGCCAGGUCGACCAUGACAGCACCUACCGAAUACAGCGCCUCGCGUGGCGGUAUGACAGAGCCCCGUAUGUCUGCUUCAAUACACGUGCCUGUUGACAUUGUCGUUGUCAUUCCAGUUUCGUCAUCGAUGCAGGGCUUGAAGAUCAACUUGCUCCGCGACACAUUACGUUUCUUAGUUUACAACCUGGGUGAGCGCGAUCGCAUGGGCCUUGUUACUUUCGGCUCCAGCGGUGGUGGUGUCCCCAUUGUUGGCAUGACUGGCAAGGCUUGGAGGGACUGGCCCAAAGUGCUUGACUCCAUACGUCCUGUAGGACAGAAGAGCCUGCGUGCCGACGUGGUCGAUGGAGCAAACGUAGCCAUGGACUUGCUCAUGCAGCGCAAGUCCAGUAACCCCCUCUCUAGCAUCUUGCUUAUCAGCGAUUCUUCCACUUCCGAUGCCGAGAGCGUUGAUUUUGUCAUCUCUCGCGCAGAGGCUGCCAAGGUUUCUAUUCAUUCGUUUGGUCUUGGGCUUACACAUAAACCAGACACCAUGAUUGAACUUUCUACGCGAACCAAAGCUUCGUAUACAUACGUGAAAGACUGGAUGAUGCUUCGCGAGUGUGCCGCGGGGUGCCUUGGUUCACUCCAAACUACCUCGCAUCAAAAUGUAAAACUAAAAUUGCGACUACCAGAAGGCUCUCCUGCCAAAUUCGUUAAGAUUAGUGGUGCGCUACAGAUCACCAAACGAGCUACUGGACGUGACGCUGAAGCAGCACUGGGCGACUUGCGUUUUGGCGACAAGCGAGACAUCUUAGUCCAACUAGCCAUUGCACCGGAUACUGGCUCCCCAGAACAGCUUCCUCAGGACCCCUGGGAGUCGAUCGUGUCUGGUCUGGAGGCUCUCGGUGGGCCACUCGACCAGGACGAGUCACGCACGCUCAGCGUCGAGGAAGUACCUCUGAUCCAGGCAGACCUCACGUACGGCGAUAUCCUAAGAGAAGGAUCUCUUUCACACCUGCCACGGCCAUCAUUGCUGGCCAUUACUCUGCUACCUUCCGGGCCAAAGAAGAGCCCAACAGGAAGACCACCAACACCCCCUAUCCCACCACACCCUCAUGUUGUACAGCGACGCAUGGAGUUGCUCACAUCAGACAUGCUUACACGCGCAUUGACGCUUGUUUCGCGCGGCCAACACGAACGCGCACACCACCUCCUUAAGGAAACACGCAGUAUCCUGAAAGGACUCGGCAAGGGAGGUCUUCCACCACUACCUCCUCCUGGCCACCGACGUAACGAACCAUCAAGUGCAGCAGGCAGCACUGGGUCCGCGUCACCAACAACUCAUAGCGCUAGUGGCGAUUUACGUGCACGAACGCCCUCUCCCCACGCAGAUAGCCCGUUCACUCCUGCGGCAGGCAUUGACGUGAGGACUAUGUAUGCUCUUGACGCAGAACUUGAGUCCAGCCUUGAAUGGAUCAACCAUCCUGCGGUCUUCGGCAGAGAUUCGCGCAAAGCAGUACUACAAGCAAUAGGUGUCAUCUCAUCACAGCGCGCGUACACAUUCAGAUCGCCAUCCGAAUCGCUUUGGGCAGAGCGCAUUGCAGGCGUCAAGCGCCUGUCUGAGCGUGCGCGCGAGUGGCGCGAAACCGGCGACCAGGAAGCAUUGAUGGAGGAGAACUAA